AUGUUGACCGCUUUCGUCCUCUUGCUGUCGGCCGCUGUUCUCCUCUACCUGCUAUUCCUCGCCUGGCCGCGCUGCAGCCUCCGCUGCCACGCUCUGGCGCCCGGCGCACGCGCGGCGCCGCUCGCCGGGACGGCAUGCCUCAAGGAGGGGUUCGCCUCCCGCAAGGUGCCCGAGCAGCUCGACACGAUUGUCAUCGGCUCCGGUGCCGCCGGCCUGACAGCGGCGGCGCUGCUCGCCAAGCGCGGGCAGCGCGUGCUUGUGCUUGAGCAGCACGACGUGGCCGGCGGCUGCACUCACACGUUCGAGGAGCGCGGCUUCGAGUUUGACGUCGGGCUGCACUACGUGGGCGACAUCCUGGGCGUGCUCCUCAACGCGGUGACGAGCGGGGUCAUCGAGUGGGCCCCGACCGGCCGGCUCGUCGACGAGGUCUACUUUGGCGACGACGUCGUGCCGAUCCUCUCUCCGAAGGCGGCCUUCCUCGCAGAGCUGCGCCGCCGCUUCCCAUCCGAAGGGGCGGCCCUCCACUCGUACUCGUGGCGCGUGCUCCUCGCCCACGUGUGGCUCGGGGCGCACCUUGGCCUCAAGGUGCUGCCGGCAGCGCUGGCGGCGCCGCUCCUGCGCGCCCUCGGCGGCAUGCAGACCACUCAGACCGCGCUGGAGCGCCUCACCGGCAGCCCGAAGCUGCGGCACGUCCUCUCGUACAUCUGGGGCACCUACGGCGUGCCGCCCUCCCGCUCGCCCUUCGCCUUCCACCUCCUCGCCGCGAGGAUCGUCCCCACCGUCCUCAAGGCGGGCGGCGCGGUGCUUGUGCGGGCGCCGGUGACGUCGCUGGUCUGCGACGAGGCCGGCGCUGUCCGCGGCGUCGUCGUUCGGGGCCGGCUCGCUCUCCGCGCUGCGCACGCGUCCUUCUCUUCCUUGACACGUGUCUCUGGCGCGACUACCACCUUCUGCCACCUCGUGCCUCCGCCGCAGCGCCACCGCCUCGCGCCGCUGCUCGCAUCCAUUCGGGACGCGCCGCCGGUGUCACCUCCCGCCUCGACCGAGACGCAGGUCGAGCCUUCCCUCGCCUUCCUCUACCUCUUCCUCGGCCUCUCGGCCGACGGCGGGGGCGGCGCCGGGGGGAGCGGAGGGAGCGGAGGCGGCCUCCCUCGCCACAACAUCUGGAAGUUUGGCGGGUGGGACCACGAGAGGGGCAGCGAACUGCCGCCUCGUCUUGACGACGUGGCGGCCGACCACCCCCUCCUCCUCUUCCUCUCGAGCCCUUCGGCCAAGGACCCUGCCUGGGAGCAGCGCCACCCCGGCAAGCAAGUCGUCCUCGCCCUCGCGCCGACCCGCUUCGAGUAUUGGGCAGAGUGGCGCGACGGGCGCAUCCACAAGCGGGGCGAGGCAUACGACCGCCUCAAGCGGGCCCUCGCCGAACGGAUGACGGAGGAGGUGCUGCGCUUGCUGCCGCAGCUGCGAGGCCGCGUCGAGUACUGCGACCUCGGCACCCCGCUCUCGUCCAACUUUUACUUGGGCACGCGCCACGGCGAAGCCUACGGGCUGGCUCACACUCCCGCGCGUUUCGCACAGCCGUGGCUGACGCCGCGGACGCCGCUCCCCGGCCUGUACCUCGCGGGGCAGGACGUCGCGACGGACGGAGUCACGGGCGGCGUCAUCUCUGGCUUCAUGGCAGCUGGGGCCGUCGACAAGACCGUCUUUGUCGCCGAGGCGGCCACCCUACUCGCCGCUGGGGUCACGGCAUUGGCCACAUGAGAGAGACUGCGCCGCGCGCGCGUGACGUCUGACGUCGCCGCCAGGUCGCCGCCCCACGCGCAUAAAAUUGCGGGGCUCAUAUGUUUUUUACCGUACGUACCUAAUUAUGG